GCAGCUCUUCAUAAUUUCUAUUAACAAAUAAUAUUUUCUCUGAAGCUUGUGACGCUUCAUUUCUCUCCUUUAAUUGACGGAGGAACCGGAAGAAGAAACGUUCACGAGCUCAUUAAAAACUUUAAUUUGAAUUUUGUUUGAAAUUAAAAUUAAAAAGUGGAGUUUUAUUCUUGAGACUUUCCUGGAUUUUUAAAAAAAGUUUUCUUCACCUGGAGGAUUUUUCUCCUCCGGUCUCGUGACACCGACUCCCGCUGCAGCUCCUCCGCGGCCCCCGGCUCCCCUCCGCCCCGCCAUGGGCUCCGUGCUGCCCGGCUCCUCGCUGGCCCUGAAGCCGGGCUUCAAGCCGCAGCAGCCGCUCUCCCUGGCGGACAUCAUCACCUCGGACAUCCUGCACAGCUUCCUGUACGGCCGCUGGAGGCACGUGCUGGGCGAGCAGCACCACCACCACCCGCACCAGCAUCACCUGCAGCAGCACGAGGACCGCACCGCCCCGAGCGCGAGCCCCAAGACCGCGUUCACUGCCGAGGUUCUCGCGCAGUCCUUCUCCGGAGAGGUGCAGAAGUUGUCCAGUCUGGUUUUACCCAGUGAGGUGAUCAUCGCGCAGAGUUCAGUCCCAGGAGAGGGUUUGGGUAUUUUCUCUAAAACGUGGAUUAAAGCGGGAACAGAGAUGGGGCCGUUCACGGGACGCCUCAUCUCACCUGAACACAUCGACCUGUACAAGAACAACAACCUCAUGUGGGAGGUGUUCAACGAGGACGGGACAGUCAGGUAUUUCAUUGAUGCGAGUCAGGAGGACCAGAGGAGCUGGAUGACCUACAUUAAAUGUGCGAGGAACGAGCAGGAGCAGAACCUGGAGGUGGUCCAGAUCGGCAGCAGCAUCUUCUACAAGGCUGUGGAGACCAUCCCUCCGGACCAGGAGCUGCUGGUCUGGUACGGAAACUCCCACAACACCUUCCUGGGGAUCCCUGGAAUUCCCGGAGGAGAUGACGAACAGAGCAAGAAGAGCAAGAACGAUGAGUUCCACACCUGUGAAGGCUCCUCCUCCUCCUCUUCCUCCUCCUCCUCUUCCUCGUCCUCUUCCUCCUCCUCCAGUCUGGGCCGCAUGCGUUGUGUCAUCUGCCACCGCGGCUUCAACUCCCGCAGCAACCUGCGCUCGCACAUGCGCAUCCACACCCUGGACAAGCCGUUCGUCUGCCGCUUCUGCAACCGCCGCUUCAGCCAGUCGUCCACACUGAGGAACCACGUGCGGCUGCACACCGGCGAGCGCCCGUACAAGUGCCACGUGUGCCAGUCGGCGUACUCGCAGCUGGCCGGCCUGCGGGCCCACCAGAAGAGCGCCAGGCACCGGCCCACCGGAGACCCCGGGGCCCAGGGGGGAGGGGGCCUGGUGGUGGUGGGAGGAGGAGGGGGAGGAGGAGGGGGAGGAGGAGGGGGAGGAGGAGUGCACUCGGCUCACUCACCUCCUCCUCACCCACCACAGCUGACUGCCGUGCCUCACCCGGCGUCUCUGGUCCAUCAUAUACCCACCAUGGUGCUGUGAUGGGGAGAGGAGGGGCCGGCAGACACACACACACACACACACACACACACACACACACACACACACACACACAUUUUAACUUCAAAAUAAGAUCAAAUACUGAGACAGGAACCUGCUCCAGGAGCAACAUGCUGGUAGCCAGCUGAUCAGAGUCAGCUCGUCCAGCCUCUGAUUGGCUGCUCACAGAUGAAGUCAGCCUGUUAAAUCCUGUAUCUGGAUUAAAGAUGAUGAUGUCAUCUCUCUGAGCCAAAACCAGAACAACUGAUAAGUGUCCACUGAGACGUGAAGUGUUAGACCAACAGUCCUGAGUCGGACACUGACACGUGGAACACGACCAUCAGUCUGUUAAAUCAUCACAUCAUCUCCUUACAUUCAUAAACAAUUCUUCACUGACAACAGACACAUCAUUCUUCCUCACAACGAGACUCACAACACGCCACAACUCAAACCCUCUGUCAUACACACAGUCCUUCUAUUUAACCAUUUCACCUCUUUCAUAACUGAGAGAAGGAAACGUUUCACAAUCCAAUCCACAAGUCACAAAAAGAUGAAAAUGACAAUAGCUCCUGUAUCUUCUUCAGAACGUCAUGGUGUCUGUGCUGCUCCUCGUGUAAACGAUGUAAUGACUUGUGAAACAUGAAGGAUGACGUCACACACUGUAUCAGGCUCCUUCAGGCUGUAGAUAAUGUCAUCCUGGAGUUCGUUCAGCAGAUGUUCCCAGAUGUUUCACAGAGGUCAAAGGCAUCAGAUGGCUUUCGUUUCCCCCUCACUGGCGCUGGGUUCAGGUCACAGCUGGACGUGGAGUUUGGCAACCUGGGUAAUAAUUUACUGAGAGUCGACUUUGGACAGGUGACAUUAUCUCAACAUAAAAUCAGACAAAUCAAUAACACUAA